UCUUUGUCAUAGUUCCCUUACAUUUGUUCAUAUUUUGCAAAUGCAUGCAUUACAUCUAUGUUCUGACCGAAUGCACAUUUUCACGAUUUAAUUUUUCCAUUUAAUACUAUGUACAUUUACAUACUGUGAUUGUAUAAAGAUUAUAAAUUAACGACAAUUACAAAAAUAUAAUACACGCUUUGAACUUUGUGUCACGGAUCUAAUCUGAACCAUUUCAAUUUUCGUGAAAUGAAGCAUAAAACUUUAUAUUUGUUUAUUUGUGUGUGUGUUGCUUUUGUAGCACAAACGGCUCUUAUUCUUUACUUGCACGAGGUACUGAGAUCAUGUGAUAAUGGAAUGAAAAAGGAAGAUCUACAUUUAUCUUUCGUUCCUUCAAAGACGAAAGUUCAGCUGGUCGACAUGAAGAGGGAAAAUGAUAGACAAGAACAAAUGGAGACUACCGUGAAUUUUUCUUCUAUAAUGUAUUUCGAGCCUCUGGUGGCGUAUGAGUUCCCGACAAUAUCAUCUGAAUAUCCCCGUAUACCUCAUAUUAUACAUCAAACAUACAGCAAUGAGCGUAUACCAGCUGACCUUGGAAAACAUGUUAAGACGCUAGUAAAAAACAAUCCAAAGUGGAAAUUUUAUUUUUGGACAGAUGAGGCAUCGAGAAAAUUUGUAGCUGAAAGGUUUCCAACACUUUUACAGAUGUGGGAUGAUUACAAAAGCCCUAUCAAUAGAGCAGAUGCAAUAAGAUAUCUUGUCUUAUAUGAAUUUGGCGGAUUAUAUGCCGACCUUGAUGUAGAAUGCAAGCGUCCUUUAGACAAUCUAACUAUGAAAUAUGCCUGUAUAUUUCCCUCUGAGCCAUUUGAACAAAGUGUGUUUCGAGUUCAUGUACCAUAUUUGAUUAAUAACGCCAUACUAUUAUGUCGUCCGAGGCAUCCUUUUUUGAAACAAAUAGUCAACACACUUCACCAGUACCAGUCCAUGAUGGAGCAAAUAGAUAUAGCAGGCCCAUCUUUUGUGACGUCCCAGUUUAUCCGAUAUAAUAACAUCACUGCCGACCAGUUAUACAAUUUGAAACAAUCAAACGAGAGUAACUCCCCUUACUUUUACAAAGGUGAAUUACCAGAAGAAGACAAUGAUGCUGUUUAUGUUCCUAAUACACAAUACUUUAUCAACUCGCUAAGCCAAAACUGGAUGAACGAAAAGGAUUAUAAAACUAUAUGUGAAUCGCGAAGAAGACAAAAUAUCGUCGUAAAAAAGGCCUGUAAUGAAUUAACUCGUCGUCUCUCUCAAAAAGAUCGAGUUAAGUAUGCCUUUACAGAUCAUCAUUGGUUUCAUUCAUACAGUCGAACCCUACGGUUUAAGUACAAGAGCUAUGACAAAAUCGUCAAAAAUUAUCUCAUUUAUUAAAAGUUGUUACUGCAACUUUGUAGCUCAAUAGAGCAACUGUUUAGAUUUCAAUGCGUUAAGAUAUUUCCAGUCGUGCAAGUAUUUCUAAAAUGUAUCCAUAUUAUAAGGGUCUAUAAUUAAUAACCUAAAGAAACCUGCUCGUUCUCCUCUCCCGUAUAGAACACUUCAUGAGAUCCUGAAUAUUUCUUUUCCAGUAGGAUCAAUAAUUAUAAUUACAGCUUAAAACAGAUGCAUUUAUGUGUCCCUGCCAGAGUUACAAAAUGUGCAUAAAUUGUUUGAUCAAAUAUUUUAACGACAGUCUAUUUUCGUUACAAAUGUCAUUCUGUAGGAUGGUUCAUUUGACUUACAACAGUUUUAAAGAUUAAAACGAGCUACACAUUUAUGUGAAAACAAUUCCUGUUGUUCACAAAGUUUGUACUAAGUUUCUCUAUAUGUGUUUUGCUAUUUUUUCCACGAUUUAACUUUAUUGUAAGACAUGUGUUGGCUUUUUUUUUAAAAAGUGUUUUUUCAAUAAAUAUAGUUACAACUGCUUGAAUUCAUAUGUCAAACCUAAUGAUGUUUACUUUUUAAUUUCAAAUAGCUAGACAAACUGCUAUUUUGUUUUUAAGAAACAAGCAUGUCAAGAAAAUGAAAUUCGUUAAUUAGCCUAGUUAAGUUUUUCUAUAGUGUCAAGGUAAUGAAGAUGAAGCAUGCAACUUACAAUGCAAAGUUAACGUAAAAAACUAUAAACACAUUUAUUUUAUUUUUAAGUUCGCCUGUCAAUGUAACCAUGUAUACUUCAACUUGAUAAUCAUGCAUUCAUCUGUAUGACACUCUGUGAGCAAAUUUGUGUCAAUGUGGCUUAAACAAAUCGAUUAAAACCGAGUUUGCCAUUGU